AUGGCGAGAAGACGAACCAAGAAGCGCACUCAUGUCGGUGCCAACAAUGGACCGGCUGGAGCAAAGUCUGCCCCUACUUCCCUGGCUUCACGAUCGCCGAAGACCAUGGUAAUUCGAGCUGGAGCUGGUGAAGUCGGACCAAGUGUUAGUCAAUUGGUGAGGGAUGUUCGACGGAUGAUGGAACCAGAUACGGCUUCGAGGUUGAAGGAGAGAAGAGCGAAUAGGUUGAGGGAUUAUCUCACGAUGGCAGGUCCUUUGGGUGUCAGUCAUCUCAUGUUGUUUUCAAGAUCAGAGGCUGGAAAUACAAACAUGCGACUUGCCCUUACACCAAGAGGUCCAACAUUACAUUUUCAUGUAGAGAAAUAUUCUCUAUGUAAGGAUGUGAGAAAGGCAUUGAAACAUCCUAAAGGUGGCGGAAAAGAGUACACCACUCCUCCAUUGCUCGUUAUGAACAAUUUCAUCUCUCCUGCUUCUGAAUCGAGUUCCGAAAAUAAGAUACCCAAACACCUCGAAUCGCUCACGACCAGUAUUUUUCAAUCUCUCUUCCCGCCCAUCUCCCCUAAUGUAACACCUUUAUCAUCCAUCCACAGAGUUAUGCUUCUUAAUCGAGAACCCACCAAGGGUGAAGAUGAUGGCACCUACACCAUCAACCUUCGUCACUACGCAAUCACAACUAAGCGAAUAGGUCUCUCGAGACCAUUGCGAAGGCUUAACGCUGCGGAGAAAUAUUUACACUCAAAGAAUCCAAGAAAAGGUUUACCAAAUCUUGGAAAGUUGGAAGAUAUCGCAGACUAUAUGGUGGGAGAAGACGGAGCAGGAUACAUGACGGAUGUUACAAGUGGAAGUGAGGUUGACACUGACGCAGAGGUCGAGGUAGUUGAGACACGCACUCGUAAGAUUCUGAAUAAACGUCAAAAGGAAAAGACUAGCGAAGGACAGGCCAAGGGCGCUAAGAGGGCUGCAGAAAAACGGGCUAUCAAGUUAGUGGAAUUGGGACCGAGAAUGAAGUUAAGAAUGACCAAAGUUGAAGAAGGCGUCUGCGACGGAAAGAUUAUGUGGCACGAAUAUAUCCAUAAGUCUAAAGACGAAGUCAAACAACAGGACAAAGCCUGGGAAAAGAGAAGACAAGAAAAGGCAGCCCGCAAGAAGAUACAGAAGGAUAACGUUGAUAGAAAGAAGAAGGCCAAGGCUGGUAUCAAGAAGGGUGGCGAGGAUGACGAAGAUGAUGACGAGAUGGAUGUAGAUGAGUGGGAUAGUGAGGGUCUAGAAGGGGACGGAGAGACAGAGCGGAACGAGGAGAUGGAAGAUAGAGGGGAAUGGGAAGAUGCGCAAGAGGAGAUCGCUGCUGUUCGAGCCUGA